AUGACCAAGAAGAAGCGUCACCAUCCCGAUGUCGAAGAGGUGCUCGCACGGCCAUGGUGCUACUACUGUGAGCGUGACUUUGACGACCUCAAGAUUCUGAUCAACCAUCAAAAAGCAAAGCACUUCAAAUGCGAAAGAUGCGGUCGAAGGUUGAACACGGCAGGAGGCCUCAGCGUCCACAUGAGCCAAGUCCACAAAGAGAAUCUCACCGCGGUCGACAAUGCCCUCCCUAACCGAGCGGGUUUAGAUAUCGAAAUAUUUGGGAUGGAGGGGAUACCCGAAGAUAUCAUCCAACAACAUAAUCAGCGAGUCCUGACCAACUUUCACCAAGCUCAAGCUGACCGGCAGGCGGCUUCUGGCAAUAAUGCUCAAAGUGCCCAGCAUCCGAAUGCCCCCAAGAAACCCAAGAUCGAAUCUGUUUCCGAUAUUAAGAAACGUCUGGCAGAACACAAGGCUGCCAAACUGGCUGCUGAGCAAGCCGAUGGAGGAAGCAGUGGUGGUGGCACUCCUAACCCUCCUACAGCUACUAUAGUCCAAGCCAAACCCCAGAUAAAUACGGCAGCGUCUCCAACCUACCCUGGAUAUCAACAACCCUAUGCAGCGCCACCUACGAAUGGUUCGUACAGUCAAGCCCCUUCCUUCGCCCAACCCCCAACCGCUUUAUCUGCUCCGUAUCAGGCGUCGCCUAUAUAUCCUUCUGCCGCAUCUCCGCCUGCUGGCGAAGCCUACGGCCAACACGCUGCAACUCCACAGCCUGGGCAACCUGGAUAUGGACAGAUACCAUACCCUCCACAGCCAUACGUUCAACCGCCGCAGCCAUCAUUUCAGCCGCCGCAACCUUCACCGGUGGGCUAUCCCCCACAACCGAGUUUCUCACCACCUCAGUACACGUCACCCUAUCCAGGCCAAGCCUAUCCUCCCCAACCCGCUGGACCUCCACGUCCAUUUGCAUCGGGAUCUCCAGUCCCAGGGUUUCCUCAGCCACCCCCAGCUCUCACACAACGCUCCCAUUCGCCUGCUACAAACGGUAAUUUUCCUGCACCAGUGCGUACUGGCAGUGUAAGUCUACCUAGUGCUCCAGGAUUGCCGCAGAGGCCCGCUUUUGGUGCUCCGCCAGUCAAUGCUUUCCAAUUUCAACAAAUGCAUCAAGGUCAGAUCCCUGCUCCACAAUCCCAUAACAUUGUGCCGCAGUACGCUCCCGGACAGACUCAAGGCAGCACAAGCACGCAAGUCCCGCCACAGGUUCCCAUACCGAACCAGCCUUCUGCUGUUGAAGCUCAAGAUGCCUCAUCUCUUGAUGACUUGAUUGCAAAUGCUUCGAAACAAGCUGAUGCCGAUGCCGCCGCCGCCGCUGCUGCUGCUGCUGCUGGCGAGGCUGUCGCCAAACCCGGAACGCCACUUGCCACCACUGCGUCGGCCACCACCAAGGACGAAGCCAGCGAAGAUAAAGCUGGACCGAAGAAAGACAAGGAGAAGGAGAAACCAAAAGCAACCAGGUUGGUCUACUCUGAUAACGAGACAAGUCCUGAAGAGAAGAUGGCCAUGUUGCCAAAGUACGCAUUUACUCCUGCACAGAAAACAAUUGUGGUCUAA